UUUUAUCGUGUGCGGACGUGUCUGCGGCUGACUUGCGAACUUGAAUCCGAAAAACGUAUAGCGAAUUCCGGAAUCUUUAACUGAAAACUAUUCACGCGAUUUUAGAUGCAGUUUUUCAACGCUUGGCGCCACAACUUUGAGACUCUGAUUCGAUUGCAUUUACUUUAAGUCACAAUUUGCCACAUGCUAAAAGUGCCACACAAAAAACACAAGUUCAUCAAUAUGAGUACAACAUGGACGAGAACGGCGGCCUGGUUGCUGGGGUUCUACUGCCUCCUGUGCCUCGCUUCCAUUGCGAUGGCCCAGGGUGCCGGCAAUUCGGGAGCGGUUUCGGCCAAGGAUGUGGCCCACAUGCACAAGAGCAGGAGGAUGGACAAGCGGACGGUGGCGGCAGCGGGAGCGAGAUCGGAUCCUCUGACGGCCAUCAAACAGCCCAAACAACUGGCCAGAAGCGCUCAUGGCCUCAACAAGAAGCUGCUCAGCCAGAUGGGAUUCAUGAAGGUAAAGGCGCCCAAUAGCCACAACCGGAAGCGGCUGGCGGUUGAGUCACGACGCCACUCCUCGCGCGAUGACUCACACAUGUUCAUCAUCAAAUUGCCGCCAAAUAUGCACUACUAUGCAGGACCCGGCGCGAAGAAUUCCGUGGACACGUCUGGCAAAGGUAACGCUAAUGGUUACCCCAAUGGUGGCAACGCACCCAAGAUGACAGCGGCAGCAACAGCAGCAGCAACACCGGCGGACACACGGGCAACAUCCAGCUCGCCAGCAGCAACAUCGCCGGUUGCCGAGGCGUCGGCGUUGAAAGCUAACGGGAAAAAGGUCUCGUUUCCCUUCAGCUCGAACGGUCGACCUGGUCGCAUCUACCACUGGAACCUGCCCGUGCUGAAGGAGGCCCUGGCCAAGAAGCCGCACUUUGCCCACGUCUCGGCGGCGGACCGAAACCGGCUGCUGGACAUCCAAAGUGUGCCCACCUGGCGCCAGCCCUGGGAAAACGAGACCGCCGAGAAGGGCUUCAGUGCGGGCGGCGGCAAGGCCAAGUACCGCAAGUCCCUGAAGCCCAAGUCGCCCACCUACUACGCCCCCGCGCAGGCGGUCAGCAAGCAGAGCUUCCACAAGUACUUCGCGGGCAAUGGCAAGCCCAAGGGAUUCUACGUCAUCAAGGAGCACCAGAAGAAGCCGCAGUUCUACCAGAACAUCAUCUCGUAAUCCGGUGGAACUGGGUAUCCCUGAAACACCUUCGAAAGACUGCGGUGCCGGGCGUUCUAUUUUGCAUCUUUUCACCAGGGGCUCUCCCCUCUUCCGUCCAGCUUCCACUCGGAACUCCAGUUCCGAGUACAUCCUCACCCUAUCUGAGCACUCGAGCAACUGUCUAACAAUUGCAAGGGGUCAAGUCUAUUUUUGUAAAACGGCAAUGAAUACAAUAACAGAUGGGCUGGUCCAGGGGGGUCUAUAUAUGUCUUAAAGAUCAACCAUAUCAGCACAAAAAAGGUCAUAAACAUUUUAUAAUAUUUUUUUGAGACUUCUGUGGCGGUUAUUCAGCCACUUGGAUCAAAAUGGUAAUUUUUAAGACCUAAAACUGGAGUUUAUAUUUGAUAAAUUGAAUUUUUGAAACGCCCACGGACCAAAUAAAUCGUAUUAUAUACUCAUAAUAUAUAAUAAUCCCUGUAAGACUUAAAAGUGGAAUUUAUAUUUGAUUUUUGAAAAGCCUACGGACCAAAUUAAUCUUAAAUCCGAAUUUCAAUAGGUCCAGAUGCAAAUGCUCUUAAUGUAUAACGUUUUCAUUAUUUUCCAUUGAAAUUUCUUCAUGUUAAUAAAUUUGGAAGUGUAUAUGACCUAAAGACAUAUCGGUUGAAGCUGUAAACUCAAAACCCAUAAAGAAAAACCCUCUUAAGGACCAGCCCAAGCUGCAUUUAGCUAAGCAACUACGGCAAGCAAUAAAUUAUGUCAUAUAUCAAGCUAGGCUUAAGUGCAUGAACGAUUUUGUUUUGAUAAAUAAAUAUUGACUGAUUUU